AUGGCGCUGUGCGCCCAAGAAGCGCGUUCUCAGAUUCCCAGCGCGCUCAGGGGACGCGUGGCCACGCAGCCAGCUCCCUCGCCCCCGCGCCCGCCGCGGGGCUGCUGCGCUUUCCGGAGGGGCUGCGGGCAGGGGCGCGGCGCCCGCGGGCCCUCGCCGAUCGGCCCGAGGCUGCGCGCUACGCCGGGUACCGAGCGCCCCGGGAGCGCGCGGGAGGCAGGCCGGGGACCAGGGCAAUGCCCGCUCUCGCGAGAAAGCAUAAAGGAUGUUAUUGGCAGGAAGAUCAAAAUUGCCGUGAAGAAGAAAGUGAAGUUGGAAGUCAAGGGCGACAAACUUGAAAACAAAGUGCUGGUGCUCACAUCAUGCCGAGCCUUCCUGGUCUCCGCACGAAUCCCCACCAAGCUCGAGUUAACCUUCAGCUACUUGGAGAUUCAUGGCGUCACCUGCAGCAAGCCAGCUCAGAUGGUCGUGGACACCGAGAGGUGCAGCAUCUCCUUGAAGAUGGCGUCGCCCGAGGACGUGACGGAGGUGCUGGCUCACAUCGGCACCUGCCUGCGCAAGAUCUUCCCGGGCCUGUCGCCAGUGAGAAUCAUGAGGAAGAUCUCCAUGGAGCCACCUGAGCGGCUGGCCAGCCUCCAGGCUCUGUGGGACAGCCAGACCGUGAGCGAGCAGGGCCCUUGCGGUGGGUUUUCUCAGAUGUAUGCCUGCGUUUGUGACUGGCUUGGAUUUUCGUACAGGGAAGAAGUACAAUGGGAUGUGGAUACCAUUUAUCUGACUCAAGACACCAGGGAGUUGAACUUACAAGACUUUAGUCAUCUGGACCACAGGGACCUGAUACCCAUCAUUGCUGCUCUGGAAUACAACCAGUGGUUCACAAAGCUGUCCGUGAAGGAUCUAAAACUGUCCACCGAUGUCUGCGAGCAGAUUCUGAGGGUGGUGAGUAGAUCCACUCGACUGGAAGAACUGGUGUUGGAAAACGCUGGGCUCAGAGCAGAUUUUGCACAGAAACUGGCCAGUGCUCUCGCUCAUAAUCCCAACUCAGGACUCCACACGAUUAACCUUGCCGGCAACGCACUGGAGGACAGAGGUGUGUCCUCUUUAAGUAUUCAGUUUGCCAAACUCCCAAAGGGACUAAAGCAUUUGAAUUUAUCCAAAACCUCAUUAUCACCUAAAGGGGUGAAUAGCCUUUCUCAGCCGCUCAGUGCCAACCCGCUGACCGCCACCACCCUCCUCCACCUGGACCUCUCAGGGAACGUCCUGCGUGGAGAUGAUCUCUCGUACAUGUACAAUUUUUUGGCUCAGCCAAAUGCCAUUGUUCAUCUGGACUUAUCUAAUACAGAGUGCUCCCUGGACAUGGUCUGUGGCGCUCUCCUCCGUGGAUGCCUUCAACAUUUAGCGGUGCUCAAUCUCUCCAGAGCCGUCUUUUCUCACCGGAAAGGAAAAGAUGUCCCCCCAUCUUUCAAGCAGUUUUUUAGCAGUUCUCUGGCUCUGAUGCAAAUCAACCUUUCAGGCACAAAACUGUCUCCGGAGCCCUUAAAAGCGCUGUUAUUGGGCCUGGCUUGUAACCAUAGCUUGAAGGCGGUUUCUCUUGAUCUGAGCAACUGCGAGCUUGGCCAUUGUCUGCGAUCAGGAGGUGCACAGGUCUUAGAAGGCUGCAUUGCUGAAAUCCACAAUAUCACCAGCUUGGACAUCUCUGACAAUGGUUUAGAAUCUGACCUCUCUACCUUAAUAGUGUGGCUCAGUAAAAACCGAUCAAUACAGCACCUGGCCUUAGGCAAAAAUUUUAAUAAUAUGAAAUCCAAAAAUCUGACGCCUGUAUUGGACAACUUAGUACAGAUGAUUCAGGAUGAAGAAUCACCACUGCAGUCGCUGUCCCUGGCAGACUCGAAACUCAAGACCGAGGUCACCAUCAUAAUCAACGCCCUGGGAAGCAACACCUCCCUCACCAAAGUGGACAUCAGUGGAAACGGGAUGGGGGACAUGGGGGCCAAGAUGCUGGCUAAAGCGUUGCAGAUCAACACCAAGCUCAGGAACUACACCUUGCGCUUUAUGCCAAUUCCUAUGUACGACGCUGCUCAAGCCCUCAAAACAAACCCCGAAAAAACAGAAGAGGCUCUGCAGAAGAUGAUCGACAGAAUCUGCGUGAAAGUGCAAGACCACCUCAACUCUCUACGAAACUGUGAGGGAGAUGCUGUUCAGGAAGAUUUAAAAUCAGCGGAAAGGCUCAUGCGCGAUGCCAAGAACUCUAAAACGUUGUUACCAAAUUUGUACCAUGUUGGUGGUGCAUCUUGGGCAGGGGCCAGCGGCUUGUCCUCCAGUCCAAUUCAGGAGACCCUGGAUUCAAUGGCUGGGGAAGUUACAAGAGUCGUAGAUGAACAACUAAAGGCGCUGCUGGAGUCCAUGGUGGAUGCUGCCGAGAACCUUUGUCCAAAUGUGAUGAAAAGAGCCCACAUCCGGCAAGACCUGAUCCAUGCUAGCACCGAAAAGAUUUCCAUUCCACGUACCUUUGUUAAAAAUGUCCUACUGGAGCAGUCUGGGAUUGAUAUCCUUAACAAAAUUAGUGAGGUGAAGUUGACGGUGGCCUCCUUCCUGUCUGACCGAAUCGUGGAUGAAAUCCUGGAUGCCCUCUCCAAUUGCCACCAUAAGCUGGCUGACCACUUCAGCAGACGUGGCAAGGCCCUUCCUCAGCAAGAGUCCUUCGAGAUUGAGCUGGUCGAGGAGAAACCCGCUAAGCGUGCCAUCAUCACGGUGGAGGAGCUAACAGAGAUAGAGCGUUUGGAGGACCUGGAUACUUGUAUGAUGACUCCGAAGUCUAAAAGGAAGAGCAUCCACAGCCGAAUGCUGCGGCCUGUGUCCAGAGCCUUUGAAAUGGAGUUUGACCUGGAUAAAGCGCUGGAAGAGGUGCCGAUUCACAUCGAAGACCCGCCCUUCCCGUCCGUCAGACAAGAGAAGCGGAGCUCAGGCUUCCUCUCAGAGUUGCCCUCAGAGGAAGGCAAGAAGCUGGAGCACUUUACCAAGUUACGGCCCAAACGGAAUAAGAAGCAGCAGCCCACCCAAGCAGCGAAGCUUGGGAAUGACGCCACCUCCCAGGAUUCGUCCGGCCUGCACGUGAGCAGCAUAGAUCCCCUGGAUGGAAGUGGGACAGGGCCAAAACUGCACCCAGGCCUCCCAGAGAGCCGCUUCGGGUUGGCGACACCAGAAAAGAAUGCCAAAGCAGAACCCAAAGUGGACGUGGCCUCCAGGUCCCGGAGCUCGUCCAACACCCCCACCAGCCCCAAACCUCUCCUUCAGUCCCCCAAGCCCAGCUUGGCAGCCCGGCCCACCAUCCCCCAAAAACCAAGGACUGCCUCCCGGCCAGAGGACAUACCAGACUCUCCAUCUGGCCCUAGUUCCAGUAAAGUUGCUCUCCUUCCACCCAGCCUGAAAAAGGCCCCUUCAGACAAGGAGCGAGAUGGCCAGAGCAGCCCUCAGCCCAGUCCAAGGACGUUUCCCCAGGAAGUUUGCAGAAGAAGCUGGGGUCAGCCACCCUCCGAGUGUCAAGAACAGAAGCCACGGUCUUCCAGCAAAGACGGCCGCCAAGGCAGCAAGUCUAGUGACUCGGGAGAAGAAGCAGAAAAAGAGUUUAUUUUUGUGUAAAGCUCACUCAGCAAGGAACCCGAAGGCAAGGCCUCUCCUUUAGGCGCUUUCGCUGGUGCUUUCUCUCCUUCCUCUGGUAUUUUCUUGAGGAUAGAAACGAAUCCAUGUCUUAGGCAAUCAAAAGCACAUGUAUUUGGUCUUACCUCCCCACGUGCCCCCACGCCAAGCCUUGGCCUUUGAUUUUGAAACAUUCCUUCAUAAUGCCUUCCAUGAAAGCCAGCAAUUACUCCAUGAGCCCUACUUGAAUUUCUCUGCCUCAGCUACAGGUUGCCCUGCCAGCGGCGUGUGGGGGAGGUCAGCGUAGUAACUGGACACACUCCUACACAAGGAGCCCCCGCCCAGCAGACCGUGGGGGGUGCUGCUGAAUGUACCCGUGUCAGAGCCACACAGGGCCUGCCAGAGCCAUCUGUGCUUGACGUAGGCAAUUGCACACUGUAAUUAGAUGAACAGAGCACACUAAUAAAUGACUUGUGUAAAUUAUAGAGAGAGAGAUAUAUUAGACAGGAGUAUGGUUUUUACAUUCUCCCAUGGGGAACUUCUUCCUUCCGGAGGCGGAAUGGGCCCACGGAUGCCCUUGGCAGAACCAUCGACAAGCACAGGGAAGAAAAGGUGAGCACGGUCCCGCUGACUGCCGGCGCCCAGGUUCAUGUAUAUAGUCCACUGGAGGUUUUAUGAAUCUUUGUGUUUUUAGACGGUCUCUGCCAUUCUGUCUGCAUACUAGCUUUUAAUGUGUGGUUUUAUGAGAAAAUACUUUGACCCCUGUUUUAAAAAAAAUCAAAAUAUACUACUACUCUUUUUAAGACAUUUCACAAAUAUUCACUUACAGGCUGAAGGGAUUUUAUUCAUAUGUAUAUUUAUACCAAUAAAAUGAUUUUACAAAUGGAA